CAAAAAUAAAAUGACAUUCAUCCGAGGAUUGAUGGUAAUCACCGUCGUACUGCUUAUCAAUACGGCACUUUGCAAAGAUCACAGAUGUCGUCGACCGGUAACCGAAAAUUGCAAUGCUUCAGAGUCUUAUAUUAAUGACUGGGAAAAUACCGGGUGGUUUUACGAUCCUAGUUUGAGAGCAUGCCUACCUUUGUACACACCGGAAGGCUGGCAUAAAUGCACCGAAAAUUAUGACCUACCUCAGAGCAGAGAAAUAUGUGAAGGAUUAUGCGCUGAACCAUGUACUUUGAUCAACGGUUCGAUGGGUGUUUGCAUGGCCAAAAGAAUAUGUAAUGUCGAAUUGUACAAUACCAUUAUAUUCUUAGAUUCCUGCGGAAGUGGAAGUCUUAGAUGCUGUCCUCAUAUACCCGACAGCAGAUUGGAAAAAUUCACCGCGCCGCCAAAAGACGGG